AUGACAGGAGAUUUCGUUCAUAAGCUGCGAAUGUUGAUGACCUUUAUGAUGGAAACUGGCCGUGACGUUUCUCCAAUCCUGGACCUGUUACGAGAGGACUAUGAAGAUUGGAGCGGACUCUUUUUCUUGGCUUUUGGCAGCGAUGAGUACAACGAAAAAAGGAGAGAACUCUGGCAGGAACACUUUUACCAGCACCUGAUCAAGAUAGCAACGAGCGGAAAGCCGCCUUUCACGGACGCGCAACGGGCCUUGGUUGUGAAGUUGUGGGUCCCCCCUGGCCGUGGGGUUUACAACCAGCUGGAUGCGAUGAAGCAGGGACGAGAAAAGGACGUUGCGGCCCACGUCAUGGCCGUCCUCAGUACUCUCUUGCCAAGCGUACAAUAUGAGAUCUAUAAGAAGUGGUUGCGAGACAUCUUCGACAUGGCGGCAUGGGUUCCCUGGCUGAAGGACUGGCUAACGGAGAGGCUGCUGCCUUCAAGCCUCAGCAGCGAGCUCAAUCCCAGGAAACGAAAGACCCCAGGCUACUAG